UACACAUGCGCUGGCCUACUGUGAUCGUGGGAGGUGGAGAAGCGCGCUUGCAAACAUUUCGCUUGUGGUACUCCUGGAGGUAGGCAGCACAUUCGCAGCUCGCUUUUGCACAAGAAUCUAAAAGAGAUGUUGUGCGAAUCAUACGUUCUUUCGCAGCAAACAAUGCAAAUCCAGAGCAACAUCCAGAGCGUUAAUUCUAUCUUCGGUUGCAACGCGUCCGGCCACAGCGGCAUUAACCAGCUGGGGGGUGUCUACGUCAAUGGGCGUCCCCUGCCGGACUCGACGCGCCAGAAGAUUGUCGAACUGGCCCAUUCCGGAGCUAGGCCGUGCGAUAUCUCACGCAUUCUCCAGGUUUCCAAUGGGUGCGUCAGCAAGAUUCUUGGCCGAUACUACGAAACGGGCUCCAUCAAGCCGAGGGCUAUCGGUGGGAGCAAACCCCGAGUUGCCACGGCCUCCGUAGUGUCCAAGAUCUCCGACUACAAGGCUGAGUGCCCCAGUAUCUUCGCCUGGGAGAUUCGCGAUAGACUAUUGUCGGAGGGCGUUUGCAACAAUGAUAACAUCCCGAGUGUCUCAUCAAUCAACCGGGUGCUUCGCAAUCUAGCGUCUAAUAAGGAAACUUCUACCCCAAGCAAUGAUACGGUUUAUGAAAAGAUCAAACUAUUUAACAAUACAAGCGGCCACUGGACCUGGUGUCAGAACAUCGGAGGAGGCCAAUUUAACUUUUCAUCGCACCCCAUUUCUCAUCUCUCGCUGAAGAGUCCAACAGAUGCUGCUCAACAACCAAAACCAGCAACCCACGGCUUGGAGGAAAUGAGCGACAAGUACUCCUCGGAGGACGACGAAGACUCGGAGCUGCGGCUCAAACUCAAGCGCAAACUGCAGCGCAAUCGCACUUCAUUCACCAACGAACAGAUUGAAAACUUGGAACGAGCAGAAUUCGAGCGGACCCACUAUCCGGACGUGUUUGCGAGGGAACGGCUUUCGGAGCGGAUCCAGCUGCCGGAAGCCAGGAUACAGGUAACUAUGCGGCGCUAACGGAUCAGGUAAAUGACAAAUUUCUCAACUGUGAUAUUAUGGCAAACUGGCAAAUUUCUGCGUGUACAUAUUUUGGGGUGUUGUUAGAUUUGGGGAUGGGGAUUCUUUUCGUAUCUUCAACAGGUUGGAGAGACUCGUCAACUACUUCUGAGCGAGACUUUGAGGGCUGUGAAACCAAGGGCUCAAUUAUUACACUUACAGACAAAUAAAAUAAAUUUGAAAAAAGAA